AUGACUGGUAAGGAUGGCUUAUCGCCAUCCUUUGUGGAGACCGUAGCGGGAUUCACGGCAGGAAUCGUCUCUACCCUCUGCCUGCAUCCGCUAGAUUUGAUAAAGACCCGACUUCAAGUCGAUCGAUCCUCGCCCUCCUCCCGAUUUGGCGGAUCUCUCCGGGUUAUUCGCGACAUCUCUCAUCAUGAAGGCGGAAUCACUGCAUUCUAUCGGGGGUUGACGCCUAAUCUCAUUGGGAACUCGACUAGCUGGGGUCUCUAUUUCUUGUGCUAUGGUAAUAUCAAAGACGCGAUACGGACAUUCCGCGGUUCGGAAGGAUGGGAACUGACUUCGGCGGAUUAUUUCCUGGCAUCGGGGAGCGCAGGUAUGGCCACCUCUAUUCUAACCAAUCCCAUCUGGGUAAUCAAAACCCGCAUGUUGUCCACUGGCUCGCAGACACCGGGGGCAUAUGCAUCUUUCACUACGGGGGCAAUGCAGAUCCUUCGAUCAGAGGGUGUGGUGGGCUUCUAUCGCGGUCUCCUACCAGCUCUCUUCGGGGUCAGCCAUGGUGCGCUUCAAUUCAUGGCAUACGAAAAGUUAAAGGUUUACCGAAGCUCGAGGCCUGCCGUUCUGUUUGCUGCCUCUGGUCAUGACGAUAAUCAUGAUGUCAGUAACGCCCGGCGAAAACUGGGCAAUCUUGACUUUUUCCUCGUCUCCAGUUUGUCAAAGAUCUUUGCCGGGUGUGUCACUUAUCCGUAUCAAGUUCUGCGGUCGCGUUUGCAGGUCUAUGAUGCCCAUCUGGUGUACCGGGGGGCAUGGGAUGCCAUGGCACAGAUUUGGGCCAAAGAAGGUCUUGCGGGCUUCUACAAGGGUCUGGGACCAAAUAUCUUUCGGGUUCUGCCCAGUACUUGGGUGACCUUCUUGGUAUAUGAAAAUAUUAAGGCUUAUUUACCUAGUUUGGCUUCGAAUGUGAAGUAA